AUGGUAAGCAAUGAAGUUGAUAAGACUCAGAAGUUUAUCUCCAGGCUUGAUUACAAAAUGAGGCCGUUGAUAACGGCACAAUACAUCAAGGUUUAUUCAGAGGCAGUAGAAAGAGGAUUGAUACUAGAGGCAGAGGCCAAAGAUAAAGAUGCAAGAAGGGAACAGUGGAAGCAAAAGAGGAAUGAAGGGUCAACUUCAGAGGGACCUUCAUGGAAGAAAAACAAGGGUGAGGACAUAGAGGAAGACCUUCGAGGUUGCUCGUGGAGACUCUUUGUGGAUGGAUCUUCAAAUCAGAUAGGGGCAAGCAUUAGGGUCAAAUUGCAAACACCAGAAGGCACUUCCCUAAGUCAAAUGCUCCAGCUUGAAUUCCGAGCCACAAAUAAUGAAGCGGAAUAUGAGGCAUUGCUGACUGGACUCAGGCUAGCUAAAGAACUGAAGGUCAGGAAUUUGAGUGUUUUUAGUGACUCACAGUUAAUUGUUCGGCAGGUGAGUGGCGAAUAUAAAACCAAAAAUGAAACAAUGGAAGCAUACAGUUCUGCCAUUAUGCAAGAAACCAAAGACUUUGAGAAAAUUGAGUUCACCCAAAUACCAAGAGAGCAUAACGAAGAUCCCGAUCGGUUAGCAUGCAGUGCCUCGAGUUUUGGGGAGACAUUGGCAAGGGUGAUUCUAGUAGGUAUACUAAGCCAGCCAUCCAUCUUUGAAGAACCUUCAGACUCAGAUUCUUAG